AUGAUGGAGAACCGGACUAGCUACGUCUGCUCCGUAUGCAAGAAAAGUUUCACCUCUAGCUUCGGCUUAGUCAGACACCAAACAGUCCACAACGGGAACAAGGUGGCCUGUCCGCAGUGCGGAAAGCUGUUCUUCUACAAGUCAAGCCUACUCAUCCACCAGCGCAUUCACACCGGCGAAAAGCUUUUCGGUUGUCCCGUUUGCGGGAAAUGCUUCACCAAUAACUCGAACCUUAUUGUUCAUCAACGUAUCCACACUGGAGAGAAGCCGUUUUCCUGUCUGGUGUGCGGGAAACGGUUUGGCCAUAAAGGCCACCUCAACAGGCACAUGAGGACUCACGCCACUGACAAAGCAAUGGAAAGCAUUGGGGAUAAUGAGCCGAACAGUUGGGUGGCUUGUAAGGUGAACCAGCAGGCUCUCAAAAUAUACGACACUAGCUCAUAUUCUGCUUACAACAAAAGGUAUCAGAGUGUAGAUUCACCACCACGAUGGUAA